CUUCCGGUUCUCAGGUCGAUGUGACUCUCCUUCUGUCUCUCACUGAAGGAACAUGAGACGAGAACAUGAGAUUGGCUGCAGGGAAUGAGUGCGCGCGCUCUACCGGGUGUCCGCGUGCUAGAAGAUAAACACUAUGCAGGGGCUCAGAGGGGUGCGGGGUCGCGCGCGUCACGUGCUGCAGUAGAUACACGGAGAUUUGGUCAGAUGCACGCGCGCCGCUGAAUUUAUCACCUCCUCGUUAUAGCGCUACGCGUCGGCCGUUCGGAGCCGAUACACCGGUGUACCGGGCCCGUGUUCACUCCGUUUUUUUUCCACAGAAAGCGAGCGAGAGCGCCCCCACCCUCCUUCCUCCUUCACGGUCACCCCCUCCCCCUCUCGCUACCGGAGAGGACCAAGAGGAAAAGAGGAGCCACUGGUCGCUGGAGGAGGACAGCGGAGCCGAAGGACGCACGGCAGAGGCGGGAGAAUCAUGUGCACGUCCUCGCGCGCGGCUCACAGCGCGGACAACCGGGGCGCGAGACACUAUGGGCGGUCGGAACCGUCACCGUCGUCUUUCUACCACUGACGCUUCUUCCGUUUCUCUUGAUAGGAUUUUAUAACGCUCGAACACCGGAGUGCGCCUGAAGGAUGACACCUCAUCUGUGAAGAAACCGAGCAAACGAUCGAUUAUCGGGAUCCGUUUUCUUUUCUUUUCGACAAGCUGUGACUGCGAACAAACCAACCAUUUACCGUCACAUAUUUAUUUAUAAGGCGGAGGACUGCUGCCGGUGUGCGGGUGAGGAGAGCGCGAGGCGUCGGGAGGCAGAAUGAGCAUCACUACACUGUACCGAAUAUUGCGGAUGUUUCGAAAUAAAUAAAUAAAUACACCGAUUUCUCCCCAUUUUUCCUUGAUUAAAAGAAGUGAACGGGGCGCACGAGAUUUUAUCAAAAUGCCGAGAUGAAAAAACGUUAAAGACCCGAACUGUUUUUGUACAGAUUCAUUCGGUCAUAUUUUCAGAAUGAUCUGAAGCGUUUAUGGCCUUUACAGAGCGAGCGGUGAGGAGACCGUGUCCGUGUCCGAGCUGUCGAACGGAGGGACAGGCUUUUUUUUUCUAGAAACCCAUUAAGAUGGAGCCGCAGAAGAGAUGAAGGUUUCAGCAGAUUAUCGGAGGUAGAAACUGAGCCGAUGACGGCGGUGAUGCUGGAUGUGGAAAUGAGGUGAGGAAGAAGCGCCGAUUCUGAAUUGAAGCGCACAAGGAGACCGAGCGACCUGCUUCUGUUGUUUCUUUUCUUUUUUUGACUUUUGCCAAUCAAACCUCAGCGCUUGGCUCCCUUUUCUUUUCUCCUUUCAUUUUUUCUUUUACAACUGAGAUAAACACACCGCGUAAAUCUCCGCGCGCCUCCGGUAUGUGAUGUGUGGGAUGUAAUGUGGUGUGGUCGUCGCGCGGAACCUUCACCCCCUUCUUCCCUCCCGCUUCGUGAAGACUGGCGUUCGGCGCGUGCAGAAUGGCGCGGUUCACAGACGAGGCACCGGCCCGGUACGGCGGAGGUGGAGGUGGCAGUGCAGUGGCGCAUGCGCACGGGCAGGGCGGCGCGGCGCGCGGGGCCAGCAGGCAGGGCGGCCCACCGGGAGCGCAGCGCAUGUAUAAGCAGUCGAUGGCCCAGCGCGCGCGCACCAUGGCCCUGUACAACCCCAUACCGGUGCGGCAGAACUGCUUCACCGUCAACCGCUCACUCUUCAUCUUCAGCGAGGACAACUUUGUGAGAAAAUACGCCAAAAAGAUCACCGAGUGGCCUCCAUUUGAGUACAUGAUCCUGGCCACCAUCAUCGCUAACUGCAUUGUCCUGGCACUGGAGCAACAUCUCCCUGAUGGUGACAAGACACCAAUGUCAGAGCGCCUGGAUGACACAGAACCUUAUUUCAUUGGCAUCUUCUGCUUUGAGUCUGGCAUUAAGAUUCUGGCUCUGGGCUUUGCCUUCCAUAAGGGCUCCUACCUCCGAAAUGGCUGGAACGUCAUGGACUUCGUGGUGGUGCUGACUGGAAUUCUGUCGACAGUGGGCUCAGACUUUGACCUGAGGACGCUGCGGGCCGUCAGAGUGCUGAGACCCUUGAAGCUGGUGUCUGGAAUUCCCAGCCUGCAGGUGGUACUCAAAUCCAUCAUGAAGGCCAUGAUCCCCCUGCUGCAGAUUGGCCUGCUGCUUUUCUUCGCCAUUCUCAUGUUUGCCAUCAUCGGCCUUGAGUUCUACAUCGGCAAAUUUCACACCACCUGCUUUGACGAUAUCACCGAGGAAAUUCGUGAAGAGUUUCCAUGUGGAACUGAACUCCCCUCUCGACUCUGUCCAAAUGGUACAACCUGUAGGAAAUACUGGCUUGGACCGAACUAUGGAAUCACGCAGUUUGACAACAUCCUUUUUGCCAUUCUCACCGUCUUCCAGUGCAUCACUAUGGAGGGCUGGACAGAUCUUCUGUACUAUAGUGACGACGCCUCAGGCAGUGCAUGGAACUGGAUGUACUUCGUCCCCCUCAUCAUCAUUGGUUCCUUCUUCAUGCUCAACCUGGUACUCGGAGUGCUGUCUGGUGAGUUUGCUAAAGAACGAGAGCGGGUGGAGAACCGCAGUGAGUUCCUGAAGCUGAGGCGGCAGCAACAGAUUGAGAGAGAACUGAACGGAUAUUUGGAGUGGAUCUGCAAAGCAGAGGAAGUGAUUCUGGCUGAUGAGGACAACGACGGUGAUGACCGGAUGCCCUUUGAUGGAUCACGGAGAAGACCAACGCUGAAGAAGAGCAAAAAUGACCUGCUUAACCCAGACGAGGGAGACGGAGACCUCGCUUUAGGGUCUCCGUUUGCUCGCGCCAGCCUGAAGAGCUCCAAGCUCGAGGGCUCAUCCUUCCGAAAGAAGGAGCGGCGGCUGCGUUUCUUUAUCCGUCACGUUGUGAAAACGCAGGCUUUCUAUUGGACUGUUCUAUGUUUAGUUGGUCUAAACACGCUGUGUGUGGCCGUGGUCCAUUACGACCAGCCGGAGCUGCUGUCUGACUUCUUGUACUUUGCAGAGUUUAUAUUUCUGGGUAUUUUCAUAUCAGAGAUGUGUAUUAAGAUGUAUGGACUUGGGACUCGGCCGUAUUUUCACUCUUCCUUUAACUGCUUCGACUGCAUCGUCAUAUGUGGUAGUAUUUUCGAGGUGCUCUGGGCGUUGAUCCAGCCCGGGACGUCAUUUGGGAUUAGUGUAUUACGAGCUCUCAGGUUACUAAGGAUCUUCAAAGUGACCAAGUACUGGGCCUCCUUGAGGAACCUGGUGGUGUCUCUGCUGAACUCCAUGAAGUCCAUUAUCAGCUUGCUCUUCCUUCUCUUCCUCUUCAUUGUGGUCUUUGCUCUGCUUGGCAUGCAGCUGUUUGGUGGACAGUUUAAUUUUGAAACGGGCACGCCACCAACAAACUUUGAUACGUUUCCUGCAGCAAUAAUGACUGUGUUUCAGAUUCUGACAGGUGAGGACUGGAACAUGGUGAUGUAUGAUGGCAUUGAGUCUCAGGGAGGAGUCAACAAGGGCAUGGUGUUCUCCGUCUUCUUCAUUGUUCUCACACUCUUUGGCAACUAUACGUUGCUGAAUGUGUUCUUGGCCAUUGCUGUAGACAAUCUGGCCAACGCACAAGAGCUAACCAAGGAUGAGCAGGAGGAAGAGGAAGCAGCCAAUCAGAAAAUGGCUCUUCAGAAGGCAAAGGAAGUGGCGGAAGUGAGUCCUCUGUCUGCCGCCAAUCUGUCCAUCGCUGCUAAGGAACAGCAGAAGAACCAUAAAGGUUCUAAGUCGGUGUGGGAGCAGCGCACCAGCGAGCUCCGAAGGCAGACACUGAUGACCAGCAGGGAGGCGCUGUACAAUGAGCUGGACCCCGAGGACCGCUGGAAGGUAUCGUACUCCCGCCACAUCCGACCUGAUAUGAAGACUCACUUGGACCGGCCGCUUGUGGUGGACCCUCAAGAAAACCGAAACAACAACACUAACAAGAACCGGCCAGGAGAGGAGCUUCUACACAAACGGCCUCCAUUCCAUUCUACAGUAGGAGGUGGGGGGAGAGGAGGAGGAUCUGUUCCACCCCAGACUCUGGAAAGAGGAGAAUCCACAGAGUCUCACCAAGGCUGCAGGAAAGCUGAGAACCAGAGCCAUACUGGCACAGAGGUCACUGAGUUGGGCAUGAGGGAUCCACACCGGAAGAGAGAACAUCGCGGGCAAAGAACUGGACGCUCUCGCCAACACCGCAAGGCUCUGGAUGAAGAAGGUGAGAGUGGUGGAGGAGGCAGGAGGCAUCGAAACAAGGGCACAGAGGGGGUGGUGGAAGGCGAGCAAGCAGACGGAGCUGAGCGGAGACAGAGGUGUCACCGACAUGGAGAGAAAGAAGGGCGGAGGGAAAGAGGAGAGCACGGGGACAGGGGCCGACACCGCAGGAAGGAGGGCCCUACUCUGUCCACCACUCGUCCCAUUCAGAAGACUUUGUCUAGGCAGGACAGCCAGUACAGUGAGGACCUGGACAAUGUGAUGAACAGUAAGCUUGCUACCCAGCCACUGGUUCCCUCGGAUCCCCACGGGCCAAGCCGCCGCUCCACACCCCACUCCAGCCUCCUCAGCCUGGUCAGCAGCACCCACGGUUCCCGCCUGGCUCCCACGGCCACAGAGAGCAGUUUUAUUCUCACCAACCCUGCCUCCACCACCAUUAACCUCAUUCAUCUGGAUGCCAAGCCAGACUACACAGCCAUAGACAUGCCACCUAUGUUCCCUUCUGCCAACGCCAUUCUGCAGGUCAAUAAGAACGCCAACACAGAACCACUACCCAAGAAGGAAGAUACGAAAGGUGACGAUGAUGAUGAUGACAAAGAUGACGGAGGACCUAAACCAAUGCCCCCUUACAGCUCUAUGUUCAUCCUGUCCACUACUAACCCGUUUCGCAGGUUGUGUCACUAUAUCGUGACCCUGAGGUACUUUGAGAUGUGCAUUCUGCUGGUCAUUGCUAUGAGCAGUAUCGCUCUUGCUGCUGAAGACCCUGUGUGGCCCGACUCCCCCCGGAACAAUGUUCUGCGUUAUUUUGACUACGUCUUCACAGGUGUGUUCACCUUUGAGAUGCUUAUAAAGAUGGUGGAUCUAGGUUUGGUACUUCAUCAGGGCUCAUAUUUCCGUGACCUGUGGAACAUUCUGGACUUUAUAGUGGUCAGUGGUGCCCUGGUAGCUUUUGCCUUCACAGGAAGCAGUAAGGGGAAGGACAUCAGCACCAUCAAGUCGCUGCGUGUGUUAAGAGUCUUAAGACCGCUGAAAACCAUAAAACGCCUGCCCAAGCUUAAGGCUGUGUUCGACUGCGUGGUGAACUCUCUGAAAAAUGUGCUGAACAUCCUCAUCGUCUACAUGCUCUUCAUGUUCAUCUUCGCUGUGGUGGCCGUGCAGCUCUUCAAGGGCAAAUUCUUCUACUGCACUGACGAGUCCAAGGAAUUUGAACGUGACUGCAGGGGUGAAUACCUGGUGUAUGAGCGAGAUAAUGAAGUGAAGGCACAGAAACGAGAAUGGAAGAAAUACGAUUUCCACUAUGACAAUGUGCUUUGGGCUUUGCUUACGCUCUUCACUGUUUCCACGGGAGAAGGCUGGCCACAGGUUCUGAAACACUCAGUUGACGCGACUUAUGAGAACCAGGGUCCAAGUCCUGGCUACCGCAUGGAGAUGUCCAUCUUUUACGUGGUCUACUUUGUGGUCUUCCCCUUCUUUUUUGUCAACAUAUUUGUUGCCCUGAUCAUCAUUACCUUCCAGGAACAAGGGGACAAGAUGAUGGAGGACUACAGCCUGGAGAAGAAUGAGAGAGCCUGUAUUGACUUCGCCAUCAACGCCAAGCCUCUGACUCGCCACAUGCCACAGAACAAGCAGACGUUCCAGUACCGCAUGUGGGAGUUUGUGGUGUCGCCGCCGUUUGAGUACACCAUCAUGGCCAUGAUCGCCCUCAACACCAUUGUGCUCAUGAUGAAGUACGACGGAGCUACAGAUGUCUAUGAGAAAAUGUUAGCCAACCUGAACAUUGUGUUCACAUCAUUGUUCUCUUUAGAGUGUGUGUUAAAGAUCAUCGCCUUUGGUGCACUGAAUUAUUUUAAAGAUGCCUGGAACAUCUUUGACUGUGUGACGGUCCUUGGCAGUAUCACUGAUAUUUUAGUCACAGAGCUGGGGAAUAACUUCAUCAAUCUGAGUUUUCUGAGACUCUUCAGGGCUGCUCGUCUUAUUAAGCUCCUCAGGCAGGGUGAAACUAUUCGCAUCCUACUCUGGACUUUUGUUCAGUCUUUUAAGGCCUUGCCGUAUGUGUGCCUACUCAUUGCUAUGCUGUUCUUCAUCUAUGCCAUCAUUGGCAUGCAGCUGUUUGGGAACAUUGCAAUCGAGGAGGACAGAGACAGCUCCAUCAACCAGCAUAACAACUUCAGGACUUUUUUCCAGGCUCUUAUUCUUCUUUUCAGGAGUGCAACAGGAGAGGCUUGGCAUGAUAUCAUGCUGUCAUGUUUGGGAGGAAAGGAGUGUGAUCCCCUCUCUGGGAACAUGGAGCCAGAAUGUGGAAGCGAGUUUGCAUACCUUUACUUUGUCUCCUUCAUCUUCCUCUGUUCCUUCCUGAUGUUGAAUCUCUUUGUGGCUGUUAUAAUGGAUAAUUUUGAGUACCUGACAAGAGACUCCUCAAUUCUGGGACCUCAUCACCUGGACGAGUAUGUGAGGAUCUGGGCAGAAUAUGACCCUGCAGCCUGCGGGCGCAUUCAUUAUAAGGAUAUGUACAGUUUAUUGCGAGUUAUCGACCCUCCACUGGGCUUAGGAAAGAAAUGCCCUCAUAGGGUGGCCUGCAAGAGACUCCUGCGAAUGGAUUUGCCGGUUGCAGAUGACAACACAGUGCACUUCAACUCCACCCUCAUGGCCUUAAUCCGCACUGCUCUGGACAUCAAGAUCGCCAAGGGUGGGGAAGGGGGUGUUGAUAAACACCAAAUGGAUGCUGAGCUGAGAAAAGAGAUGAUGGCAAUUUGGCCCAAUCUCUCACAGAAGACUCUGGAUCUGUUGGUCACACCUCACAAGGCAGCGACAGACCUGACAGUGGGGAAGAUUUAUGCAGCCAUGAUGAUUAUGGAGUAUUAUAGACAGAGCAAAGCCAAGCGCACUCAGGCUCUCCGAGAUGAACAGAAUCGAACGCCAUUAAUGUUUCAGCGCCUGGAGCCACCAUCACCGACGCAGAAUGCUGGUCAGGGACUCAGUGGCCUUUCUGAACAUCGACCGGACCCUAACAACUUGGCCGUGGAUGGGGGCAUCCCAGAGAGCCAGUCAUGGGUCACGGCCAGAGCUCAGGAGAUGUCUCAGAAAGCAGGCAGCUGGAGCCCAGAAGGCCAGCCAACAGAGGACAUGACCGAGAACCGGCACACAUUGCAGACGGUAGAGAUGAGAGAGAUGGGGCGGGACGGGUUCUCGGACACUGAGCCCUUCCUGCCAAUGGAAGGCCACAGCAGGGCAGCUUCCAUGCCUCGACUCCCAGCAGACAACCAACAGCAGCCGAGGAGGAGAGGAAAGCAUCGAGGGAAUAACCUCAGUACUAUAACAGACAACAGCCCUAUGAAGCGGUCAGCCUCGUCACUUGGUCAUGGCCGUUUGGGGCGGGUGCCACGGGGUGAUGAUUAUGCCAUGGAACGAGUGAUGCCAGAGGAAGGACCAAGGCAUGGACAUCGGCGCAGAGAUCGCAGCCACCGAGCCUCUGAGAGAUCGCUCAGCCGCUACACUGAUGCCGACACAGGUCUUGGCACAGAUCUGAGCACCACCACGCAGUCGGGCGACAUGCCACCCAAAGAGAAAGAGCGUGAACGUGGCCGUGCCAAAGAGCGGCGCCAUCACCACCACCACCAUCACCAUCACCAUCACAGCUCAGUGGAGAAGGAGCGCUACACACCUGAGAGAGAGCGAGGAGACUAUGGGCACCGGCAGCGCCGCUGGUCCCGGUCACCCAGUGAGGGCCGAGAGUGCCUCACUCACCGCCAGGGCAGUAGUUCGGUGAGUGGCAGCCCUGUGCCCUCAACAUCCGGGACGAGCACACCUCGGCGAGGUCGACGCCAACUGCCCCAGACACCCGCCACCCCACGCCCGCACGUCACCUACUCACCCGUGGUCCGUAAACCAGUUGGUACACCGCCUUCGGGUCCACAGAGCCGCCUACCCACCCCAACCCAGAGGCGCUUCUCUCCACCUGUGCCUGAACCACCUGUACCCCCUCAUCAUGGCUCUGGCCGCCGUGCCCGAUGGUGCCCAGGUUCAUCUGAAAGUGCACCAGGCGAUGGCUUUUAUGAUUUUGAACGGUGCGAGCCACCCGCUUACGAGCCAAACCCAGGACAGGGCAACCCGCACCCACAUAACCCACCACCACACCCCCGUUCACCUAGGACUGCUCGCCCCCCUGGUGCUCGUCGCAUGCCUAACGGGUACCGUUCCUCCUCACCCUCGCCACAGCGACAUGCACCCCCUCACAGUGCACCUCACAAGCCUCCGCAUCCCAGAGGGCCCAGGAAAGGGCUGCAUGAACCCUACAGCGAGACAGAUGAGGAUGACUGGUGCUAGCCUCUGGGAGAGGGGAGGGAGGGAGCAAGGACACAAGAAAGGAAGAGAUCACACUGGCAGUUGCUGGCUUGAGACACAGAGACUAGAUGUUCUGACAUGGGAGGCAGGUUUGCCUUGGAUUCUGGUAGCCUCUGAGAAAAUGGAGGGACUAAGGGAAUAAAGGUAGAUUAAAUUGUUUUGGGAACAUCACAGAAAUGAGACAUCACUAGAGGCAGAUCCCUGGUCCCCCUGCCCUAGGGUUAACACCAGGAAGUAUGUUGGUGCUAGCAUUGGAGGUGGAGAGGAUCAAAUGUUAGAUUUAGGGAACAUGCCAGCAGUUGCUGGAACAGGACCCAGCUGCAGGCAAGAGUCACUUGCAGGAAAGGCAGUGACGCCCCUAAGUGUGCAUGUUCCAGAGAAAGCACAGCAGAAGUGUGCUGGGAGGCUCAGGGGAAAAUUGAGGCAUGCUUCCCUUCUUUUCAUUAUGUUCCCUUUUUCUUUUUCUCUACUGCCUGCUGUUUUCCUGCACAGGACUGGAUGAUUUAAAAUGAUCAGAAAGAGGAGGUGGGUUGGGGUGGGGGACAAGAAAAUCUGAAAAAUUAUAAAUAACUCUUUAUAAAGGAAGUGAACAUGCAGAAUGCUAUUACUGACAGGAGGAAUGUCUGCAUUUUUGGAUAUGUUGUGUAUCUUCGGCAGACAAAAUGACAAAAGCCACAACUGUGGUGAAGAGACCUCAGAAAAGUUCAUGAAUUCACAAUCUAAACAUGGAGAUUCACCACUCGCUUUACUCAACUUGACUGGAGCACCGUCUAUUGCAAAAAUCCACCCACAUGUUGGGUAAUAUUGAUGAGUUUUAUCAUCUGUGUUUACUGUUAAUAAUUAUUUCAGUGAGGGUGAGGAGGCCACUGGCCGUGUGUGUGUGUGUGUGUGUGUGUGUGUGUGUGUGUGUGUGUGUGAGUGUGAGAGAGAGAGAGAGAGAGAGAGAGAGAGAGAGAGAGAGAGAGGGGUUUUGUUUAAAUGGUAGGUUUGGGCUCGGGCACACACACCCUGACUGUAUUUGGGAAUCCAGGCCCUCACAGCUCCUGACCCUUAAAACCUGAGAGCAAAGAAACACAAAUGAAAAGUGGGGAUGAAAAAAAAUGAACCAGUCUUCACUCUUCCUUCUUCUAUGGCUUCUCCUCCUCCUUCUUCUUCUGCUUCUUGUUAGAGACAUUGAAGCUUGAUUCUUCUGUUGCACUGCUCAGCUUUGUUUGAACUCCUAGAAUAAAAAUUCCCUUGCAUGAUUGAAACAACAACAACAAAAAAAAAAAAAUUAACAAAGAAACUUUGAAUGAAUUGGGGUGGGGUGAAUUUUCUUGGUCCUUUCAUUAUGUCUGUAAAGUUCUCUCUCAUGUCCCUGGCCUCCGCCCUUCACUCGUCCCUGACAUUGUCCCUCGCGCUUUUAGGGAUGGCACAAAGGGGACAAGAGGCCAACGCUCUCCAUUUUUAAAUCUUCUGCUUUCUUACUACAGUAAAGUGGGAUAGAGUCCCGAUACACUUUUGUAACAGAUUUAUUGCCACAUGGCCAGUGUUGCUACCAAAAGGAUUAUGAUUAAGAAAAAAAACUGGUAGAUUAUUAUUGACUUGACAGCACAAUUAUUUUAGUGAUAAAAAAGCAUUUUGUAACAUUAUUAUUUGCAUUCAUCUUACAAUUUAUUAAUAAUUUGCUUAUUUGCCCAAAAUUUCAGACAUUUAAGCAAGCGCACACACACACACACACACGCACACACAAACACACACAUUCUGUUUAUACACAUGGACUCUUUUCCCCUUACUCUAGUCUUCCAGGGUGUGAUGGAGUGAGAAGGGAGUGGAGGAGGUGACAAGAGAGAGAACCUCUUCAUCUUUCUAUUAGAUUUGUUAUUGAUUAUGAUGAUGAUGAUACCUCCAGAAGAUAAGACAACGAUGAUGAUGAUGAUGAUGAUUAUGAUUAUGAUGAUGAUAAUGAUUUUGGUUUCAUUUUGUUUUUGACUCAGCUGUGCUCUUUGUAUUGCCAUAUUUGUUUUGGUGUGGUUCUGUUUAUGUGGUAUGUGGAGCUCUGUAGCAGUGAUGCAUUCUGGGCCAUGGUUGUCUCACUUUUGACCUCCAGCUAACCUAGUCUUCAACCUAGUAUUUAAUGUGCACACUUGUCCCUUAUUCAUCAAAAGUAAAAACACAUACUGUCUUAGAUGUAAAAAGUACUAUUUUCCUAGAAUGUCAAAUUAUUAGGUAUAAAGCAUAAUAUUGUAUAUUGUGAAUUAAUACAGGUGUACAUAAGAUUUAAUUAACCUGAGCUCAAAUCUACCGGAAUAUCAUAUUUUUUAUGAUCACAUACAAUCAUACAAAAUUGCAUAUCCUAAAUAUAUAUCGUCAUAACUGAUGAUAGCAGAGAACAUAUUUAUAGACCACAUGUGUAAAAUCAGAGAAUAACACAGAAUGGAAAAGCCCCAAUGUGCAAUUUUGAGUUCAGGAGUAAUGUUUGCCCUUUUUGCAUACAUGAAAUCAGUUUUAUUGUUUAGAUUUACUCUCCAGUUUAGAGUAUGUCCACUAGGGACGCUAUGUGUUAGGAUAGUGUGAUGUGGCUAUAUGUUUGAGAAAGGAACAGAGCUCCACUACCUCCAGAGGACCAGUAGAUGGCACUGUGCUCCACAGUACGAGUCUGUAGACCUGACUCAUUGUCACACUUUUUGUGUUCCAUAUUUAUGUCAAUGUUCUGUAUUUAGGAUUUAUGUGGUGCACCAUUCUGUGUUCAGGACAUGUGACACAGCCAAUCAGACUGCACAGGAACACAGGAACAUGUAACACAGCCAUUCAAAUUGCAUGGGAUGAAACAAUGACCGGGCCUUUUCUGCCAAAACCUCUGUCUCUUGUGUCCCACUGAUAUUUGUGUCCCUGCGGCCCAAAUAUAAUCAAUAUUUCCCCAUUAUUCACAAAACUCCUGACUUUAGUCGUACAAAUUCACUGCCAAAAAUCGUUCUGAAGCACACAGGCAUCAUUAUAUAUGUAGCAUUUAAUACUAACAUGCAUAGCACAUUUUGUGUGUGUGUGAGUGAGAGAGAGAGAGAACUUAAGCCUUUAUUUUUACAUAGAACUUAUAUAUAUAUAUAUAUA